AGAGAGUCCAAUCUGCAAACUGGGCGUACGACAUUUUAAUCUUUUACAAUCUUAUUUGCUUUGCUGUUUCAUCUACUCAAAUCUCACUGUCUAUCUUUUUUACACUCAAAUUAAAUUCUCAAAUCUCAGAUCUCAAAUCUUAAUUCUGUAUUAUUCUUUUUUUCUUCUAACACCUCUCGAAAUUUUCUCUUUACUUUACAUUGCAAUUAACCAUGGAAACCGAAUCAGAAAUGAACCCUAAUUCCACAAUUUGUUUGAACGAACAAGAAUCGGUUCAUACUUUGAAGUUGAUGUCUGAGAAAAAGGGUCCUAAACCGUCCGAAAAACCACCGGAAAUUGACGGAAAACUGCUGGAAAUAGACGGAAAACUGCCGGGAAAAACUGCCCAUUCUCAAGGGGAGAAGGAUGGAGAAUCAUUGCCUGUGAAGAAGAAACGUGGUCGUCCGAAACUGGUGAGAAACGAGGUAAAAGAGGUAGAAGCUGGAGAAAUGCUACCUGAAAAUACUUCCCAUCUUCAAGGGGAGAAGGAUGGGAAAUUGAUGCCUGUGAAGAAGAAACGUGGUCGGCCGAAAUUGGUGAGGAAUGAGGCAAAAGAGGCAGAAACUGUUGAAACGGUGCCGGAAAAAGCUGUCCAUCGUCAAGGGGAGAAUGAUGGGAGUUUGAUGUCUGUGAAAAAGAAACGUGGAAGGCCGAAACUUGUGAGAAACGACGAGAAACCUGCAAAGAAGCGCGGUCGAAAGCCUAAGAUAGCUAGCAAUGGAGGACAGAAUGUGACUAAUAUUGAAAAACAAAAUGUAGGUUUUGAUGACAGAGUUAAAACUGAAGACGGGUUGUUGAGUAAUGUAUCAGGGGAUGUUGAUAUUGGUGAAAAAAUGGAAUGCCCGGAAGGUGUGUGUGAAAAUGCUUCAGAGAAUAUUAGUAAUGGUAGAGCAACUAGGGGAAUGGGUAGUUCAGUUAGGCGUAAGAAGGUUUCGAAUGAAGAUGGAAUUGAAAAUCCUGGGAAUAAUUGUCAUCAAUGUAAAAGGAAUGAUAAAGGAAGAACUGUUCCCUGCAAUACAUGCAAAAGGAAAAGAUUUUGCAUACCUUGCAUUACUAAUUGGUAUCCGAAUAAGACAGAGGAGUAUUUUGCUGAAUCUUGUCCUGUUUGUCGUGGGAAUUGUAACUGUAAAGCUUGUCUUAGGUUAGAAGGGUUGAUUAGAGUAAUGUUAGGGAAUCAGAAGUUACAUUUUAGAGAAGAUGAUGAGAAAAAACACUCUUUGUAUUUGUUGCAAGCAGUUUUUCCUUACUUGAAGCAGUUUAAUGAAGAGCAGAUGACGGAGAAAGAGGAGGAAGCUCGAAUUCGAGGAGUUCCGUCAUGUGAGGUAAAUGUUGAACCUAUUGAAUGUCCUCUUGAUGAACGUAUGUUUUGUAAUUGCUGUAAAACUUCCAUUGUUGAUAUGCAUAGAACGUGUCCACAAUGUUCUUAUGAUUUAUGCCUUGCUUGUUGUCGAGAAGUUCGGGAUGGUAAUCUUAGAGGAUGUAGUGAGGAUGUUGUUAUGGAAUUUGUGGAUAGAGGAUCUAGUUACUUGCAUGGAGGAGAACCAGAAGUUGUAGAAAAUGAUGACAUUUAUGAGGAUUCUGAACUUUUGAAUGACUCAGAAUCUUUGAAGAAUGUGAACAUUCCUGAUGGUUCAGAAACUUUAGAAAAAGACAAGGUUUUUGAUGCUGUUGGCGUGGAUGGUGGUUCAGAACCUUUGAAAAAUGAGAAUGUUUCAGGGCAUUUGAACAAUGACAAAAAUGACAACGAACCCGGGUUAUUAGAAUGGAAAUUAAAAGAAGAUGGUAGCCUACCUUGCCCUCCUAAGAGACUAGGUGGUUGUGGCAGUGGGGUGUUAGAAUUAAGACGUAUGUUCCAGAUAGAUGUUUCAGAGUUGUUAAAGAAAGCUGAUAAACUACUAGGAACCUGCAAAACUGAUAGCCUGCAUGUAAUUGGCUCAAGAGGUUGUUCUUGCAGCAGUUCUAUGGGUGACGAAUCUUCGGGAAAUGGUAAUUCGAGGAAAGCAGCUUCCCGAGAAGAUUCUGAUGACAACUACUUGUUUUCCCCCGCUGCCAUUGACAUUCAAAAUAAGGAUUUGGAACAUUUUCAGUCGCAUUGGGCCAGGGCAGAGCCUAUUAUUGUCAGAGAUGUGCUGGAGACCACGAGUGGUUUGAGUUGGGAACCGAUGGUUAUGUGGCGUGCUUUUCGACAAUUGAAACAUCCAAAACAUGCUAGGCAUUUGGAUGUAAGGGCAAUCAAUUGUCUGAAUUGGUGUGAGCUAGACAUCAACAUUCAUAAAUUCUUCAGCGGGUAUACAGAGUGUCAAGUUGAUCCCGUCUUUAAGUGGCCUUUGUUGUUGAAGUUAAAGGACUGGCCACCAUCAACCGAAUUUGAUGUGCAUUUACCGAGACAUGGUGCAGAGUUUAUUCAGGCUUUGCCAUUUAAAGAGUACACACACCCCAAAAGUGGCAUUCUUAAUCUUGCUUCCAAGUUACCCAAUGAGUCUCUGAAGCCUGAUUUGGGACCAAAAACUUACAUAGCUUAUGGUAUUGCACAAGAGCUGGGGCGAGGAGAUUCAGUGACUAAACUACACUGUGAUAUGUCUGAUGCAGUGAACAUAUUGACGCAUACUGCAGAAGUAAAGGUCAGAGCUCAAACACAACGGAAGAUCAGAUCUCUGAAGCGGAAGCACAUUGCACAAGAUCUCAAAGAGAUUUAUGGCAAGAGUCCAAGUGCAAACGAUAACAAACAUGCUACUGAUUUGGCAUCUAGUCAUUUCCAAUCUUCUGCUUGCACAUCGAAUACUUGUGGACCAGAAAAUGUAACGGAUAAUGGCAGAGAACGGCUUCAAGUUGGUCAUUCUGAGGUGAAGCAAGAACAUUCAACGCUACCAGAGGUGAAAGACAAUUCAACGGCUUUUCCGAGGGAGAUAGUAUCAGGAUCAGAAUAUGUAGAGCCUGCACAUUGUGGUAAGAAAGAACAUGAUGCAGUCAAAGGAACCGUUGAUGGGGUGAAGGCAGAGAUUUCAGGGUCUGAAAAUCAGGAGAAAACUCGUUCUGAUACAAAUUCAAAGGUUGGAGAGGAGCAAUACGAUGAUAGUAGAGAAAUAUUUGGUGACGAAGAAGUGAGUGCUAAGUUGCUAACGGAAGAUAAAAUAAAUGAUGAUGUAACUGUAGAGUUUAAGUCCGAUGCUUGCAAAAAGAGAGGUAGAAAAAGGAAAAGGGGAGCUAUAGAAGUAAGUUCAAAGAAGGUACAGAGAACAAUGAAGGGGACUAAUGCAUCCAAACAUUUGCUGACUGCAGAACCAAUCAGCGAUGGGGAUUUAGACGAAACUGUGGAAGUUGUGGAGUCUCUUGAGGGUGCAGCUUUAUGGGAUAUAUUCAGGCGGCAAGACACCCCUAAGUUACAAGAGUACCUUAAACGGCAUCAUAAGGAAUUCAGGCACAUAUUCGGGUCUCUUGUGCAGCAGGUUGUGCAUCCCAUUCAUGAUCAAACAUUCUACUUGACUGAAGAUCACAAAAGGAAGCUCAAAGAGGAAUAUGGGGUCGAGCCAUGGACAUUUUUGCAAAACCUUGGUGAAGCUGUGUUUAUUCCUGCUGGUUGUCCACAUCAAGUUCGGAACUUGAAGUCCUGCAUCAAGGUUGCAAUGGAUUUUGUGUCACCAGAAAACGUUCCAGAGUGUGUGCGCUUGACUGAAGAGUUCCGAGUUCUCCCCCCUAAUCACAGGGCAAAAGAGGAUAAAUUAGAGGUAAAGAAGAUGACUCUUUAUGCUGUGAAGAAAGCUCUUGAGGACUUGGAGUCCAAACACUUGUUAUGAUUCUGAUGAAGAUGAACCUCGAUUUCGGAAUAAAGUUUGUUUGUUUCUCUCUAGUAGCAUUUUUAUUUCUUUGGUUAGUGAUUGAGCUAGAACCUUUCUUUAUCUAUAUUAGGUGGAUGAGGAUCACUUUCACUUUGCUCCAUGUUUGUAACUUUUUUCUUGGCUAUACUUACCUGCCUUUGAUUUCAGAAGUAGCUAGUGUGUAUAACACCCUUAUUCUGAGCCCAAUUAUGGUAGUUCCUUGUCUUCUGAGUCUCUUUUAUGCCUUGUGUAUGCUACUUGGGUGCAUGUUACUCAUAUUUAAAGGGACAAUGGACAGCUAUUAUACAGGGGUGACUGGUGAGGAAUUACAUAAAGGAUGUAUUGCAUGUACUAUUUAGCAAAGAAUAAUGUAUAGUUUUUUUUGGUGAAAAUGUUGAAAUGAUGAUGACAA